GUGAUCAGCUCUGCUGUACUGCGAGCGCGCGCCCCGAUGUGCGUUACUGUUAUUAUUCAUCUCUGUUCAACCAAAGAGCACGAGACCAGACAAUAAGCCAUCACACACGCUGGAAACUUAAAUAGUUAAACAUGAGCUGAUUAUUAACUUAUUCAUCAACUUUUUCAUAUUUUGGAGUCUUCCCCCCUGCAUUGCUGAUGAAGUGAGUUCAUGAAGAGCUUUUUUUUCUGUACAAGGACACAACUACAUUUGUUGGCAUGAGAAUGGCUUGAAGCGAAACGAGAGAUUUGCUGAAGAAUGAACUGAGGUGGAAUCAAAUGAAGAUUUCUACUGUCUGCAUGUGCUCUACAAUAAAAGAUGAAGACGGCAAACAAAUGGACCAUUUGGGACAAACUCCUAAGAUAGAUCUGCUGUUUUGGAAUAACAUGAAGAGAAUUCAUGUGGAUUCUUGCCCUGCUCAUGGCUGACAAAGGUACAGGAUCAAGUCACCUUUAGGAACAUCUUUGAACCUGGGAUUAAGUGUGGACUGAGAUUCAAAUGUGUCGAGGAUGCUUGUCACGGAUAUGUUAUGGUGCGAAGCUGGAUUGAUCAUAUCGCUUUAAUCCACUUGUAGCCUCCCCCAAACCCCCUACCCCACCCCAUGUCAGAUCUUUCCUAAAUUAUGGAAAUUUUUUGGAAGACGCUGACUUGGAUAUUUAGCCUGGUCUUGGCCGCUGCUGAAGCUCAGGUCCUUUCAUACAACUCUCAAGCGGAAUUCCUGUCCACGCUGGAGCAUUACCAGCUAACAGUACCAGUGCGGGUGAAUGAGAGGGGCCAGUUCAUGAGUUACACUGUGAAGCAUUACAGGCCUGGUCGACGGCGACGUGGACUGGACCAGACUGAGCUGGACCACACUGAGACCAGGCUUUUUUACAAACUCUCAGCCUACGGCAAGCACUUUCACCUGAACCUGACACUCAACCCCAACCUGGUUUCUAAACAUUUCACAGUAGAGUACUGGGGCAAAGACGGACUAGACUGGCAGCAUUCAGUGGUCGAUAACUGCCACUAUGUUGGAUUCCUACUGGAUCAAUAUAGCACUACAAAAGUGGCUUUGAGCAACUGCAAAGGCUUGCAUGGUGUCAUAACCACAGAGGACGAGCAAUAUUUAAUAGAGCCAUUAAAAAAUAUAUCCAGAAAUUUCAGUGACGUCAACCAAGAUGGACAACCACAUGUUAUUUAUAAAAAGACUUCCAUUCCUUCUCUGCAAGAGCCAAGCGAGGAGCUCAGCUGUGGUGUUUCAGACCUCACAAUAACCAGGACACCCAACUAUGAUACCAAUCCUGAAGCAUACACACCUUACCCAGCCACCGAAGGCAACAGCUCAAUGGGUGGCCACCGCCAGCGGCGCUCUGUCAGCUCUGAACGCUUUGUGGAGACCCUAGUGGUGGCGGACAAAAUGAUGGUUGGCUACCACGGUCGCAAAGACAUCGAGCACUACAUCCUGUCCGUAAUGAAUAUUGUUGCCAAACUUUACCGUGAUGCCAGUCUUGGAAACGUUGUGAACAUUAUUGUAACCCGACUGAUUGUUCUGACAGAAGAUCAGCCCAACUUGGAGAUAAACCACCAUGCAGACAAAUCUCUAGACAGCUUCUGUAAAUGGCAGAAAUCCAUUCUUUCUCAUCAGGGAGAUGGAAACAGUAUCCCAGAGAACGGGAUCGCCCAUCACGACAAUGCUGUUCUCAUUACAAGGUAUGACAUCUGCACCUAUAAGAACAAACCCUGCGGUACUCUCGGUUUGGCAUCCGUAGCAGGAAUGUGUGAGCCAGAGAGGAGUUGUAGUAUUAAUGAAGAUAUAGGCCUUGGUUCAGCCUUCACCAUUGCACAUGAGAUUGGACACAAUUUCGGCAUGAACCACGAUGGGAUCGGGAACUCCUGUGGAACCAAAGGUCAUGAGACAGCCAAGCUGAUGGCGGCCCAUAUCACAGCCAACACCAACCCCUUCUCCUGGUCAGCCUGUAGCAAGGACUAUAUCACCAGCUUUUUGGACUCAGGUCGGGGAACAUGUCUGGACAAUGAGCCUCUGAAACGAGACUUCCUGUACCCCACUGUGGCUCCAGGGCAGGUGUACGAUGCAGAUGAGCAGUGUCGUUUCCAGUACGGCGCCUCCUCCCGUCAGUGCAAAUAUGGGGAAGUGUGUAGAGAGCUCUGGUGCCUUAGCAAAAGUAACCGCUGUGUCACCAACAGUAUCCCCGCAGCAGAAGGAACCCUGUGCCAGACCAGCACCAUUGAAAAGGGGUGGUGCUAUCAGGGUGAAUGUGUGACGUUUGGGACGUGGCCGCAGAGCGUGGAUGGGAGCUGGGGACCUUGGACCUCAUGGGGCGAGUGCAGUCGUACCUGCGGCGGCGGCGUCUCUUCUUCCAUGCGACACUGUGACAGCCCAGCGCCGACAGGCGGAGGGAAGUACUGCCUCGGAGAGAGGAAGCGCUACAGAUCGUGUAACACUGACGCUUGUCCAGCAGGAUCACGUGACUUUAGGGAGAAGCAGUGUGCCGAUUUUGACAACAUGUCUUUCCGUGGGAAGUACUACAACUGGAAGCCGUACACUGGAGGUGGAGUGAAACCGUGUGCGUUGAACUGUCUGGCUGAGGGCUACAACUUCUACACCGAACGUUCUCCCGCCGUCAUUGACGGCACGCGCUGUCAGGCCGACUCGCUGGACAUAUGCAUCAAUGGAGAGUGUAAGCAUGUUGGCUGUGAUAACAUCCUGGGCUCGGAUGCCAAAGAGGACAGAUGCCGUGUGUGCGGAGGUGACGGCAGCACGUGUGAGGUCACCGAAGGACUGUUCAACGAUUCGCUUCCCAGAGGAGGUUAUAUGGAGGUUGUCCAGAUACCAAAAGGAUCGGUUCAUAUUGAAAUCAGGGAAGUGGCCGUGUCAAAAAACUACAUCGCUUUGAAAUCGGAGGAGGAUGACUAUUACAUCAACGGAGCCUGGACCAUCGACUGGCCCCGCAAAUUUGACAUUGCAGGAACAGCCUUCCACUACAAGAGGCCGACUGAUGAACCUGAGUCACUUGAAGCUUUAGGGGCCACCAUUGAAAAGUUGGUGGUUAUGGUGCUACUUCAGGAACAAAACGUUGGCAUCCACUACAAGUUCAAUGUGCCGAUCCAGCGUACAGGAAGUGGGGACAAUGAAGUGGGCUUCUCCUGGCACCAUCUGCCCUGGUCUGAGUGCUCAGCAACAUGCGCGGGAGGCUCGCAGAAGCAGGAGGUGGUGUGUAAAAGACUGGACGACGGUUCUGUGGUCCAAAACAGCUACUGUGACCCAGACGGCAAACCACCAGGGAACCAGCGACCCUGCAACACCGAGCCGUGUCCUCCGGAGUGGUUUAUCGGUGACUGGUCAGAUUGUGGGAAGACCUGUGAUGGAGGCGUCCGAACACGCACUGUUUUGUGUAUCCGUAAAAUCGGACCCGCCGAGGAAGAAACCCUGGAGGACAGCCACUGUCUGACCCAUCGGCCAAUAGAACAAGAGUCCUGCAACAAUCAGUCCUGUCCGCCCCAGUGGGUGACGCUGGACUGGUCUGAGUGUACCCCAAAGUGUGGCCCUGGCUUCAAGCACCGCAUAGUUCUAUGUAAAAGUAGCGACCUGACCAAAACCUUCCCACCAGCGCUCUGUUCUGACCACAACAAACCUCCAGUCCGUAUUCGCUGCAGCCUUGUACGCUGUCCACCGCCACGCUGGAUCCCUGGAGAAUGGGGACAGUGCUCUGCUCAGUGCGGACUAGGGCAGCAGAAGCGGCUGGUCCAGUGUCUGUCAUUUACGGGACAGCCCUCCACUGAAUGUCCAGAGUCACUUCGGCCCAACAUCAUGCAGCAGUGUGAAAGCAAAUGUGACGCUACACCCAUCUCCGGUGGCGACGAGUGCAAAGACGUAAAUAAGGUGGCAUAUUGCCCGUUGGUACUGAAGUUCAAGUUCUGCAGCCGUGCGUACUUCAGACAGAUGUGCUGCAAGACGUGCCAAGGACACUGACCCCGUGGAGAGAAGCAGAGACAGAUGCUGCAAUGAGGAAAGCGAGAGAAAACUGGCAGAGAGAAAAGUCAACGCUGGGCACAGAAGAAGGAAGGAAGGCUCUCUCUCGCUAAUCAACACACACAACUGUUUUUAGCCCUGUGGAACCCAAACCACUGCUCAGCACUGCGCUGACACCUGUUUUAUUUUCACUUCUGUGAAGUGGGAAUGUAUAAAAUUAUCAUUAUUGUUGUUAUUUUUAUAAUAAUAAUAAUAAUAAUUGCUAUUGGUUAUUAUUAUUAUCAAUGUCUUUCUGUUGUUAUAAUCCAAAGUGCUGGACACAACACUCACAGAAGUACCCCGGCAGAGGUUUACUUCAAGGCUCCCACAUAAGGGAGCUCGGGACAUUGGUAUAACCCUGGGUCCUGCAAACACACUCCUAACAUCGUUCUGUUGGCAACACUGCAUUCAGGAGCAUUCAAACUGACAAUGAUUGCUGGCAGCAUCAGAUCGACUGGAAAUAAUUUGUUUUGAGUAAGAGUUGGCGAUUUGAGGCAACGUGAGUGUCAGAGACUGUUGAUGGUGUGACAAAGUACUGUAACCAGCAACCGGAGUGCAGACACUGUCAUUCAUGUGAUCCGGCAUCUGAUACAGCUGUCUAAUAGGAACAUUUCCAAACAUGGAUAGUACUAAAAUUUGGUGACUGGAACAUGCAUUAGGUUUAAGGUAAAAAUAACAAUCCAAAUGUUCCACCCAAAUGAUAUUUUUCACUCCUAGAGUCAAAGAAGUAUAGAUCAAGGAUAACCAGUCUUGUUCCUGGAGACUUCAGUUCCAACCUACUCCAACACAUCUGCCUGUUGAUUUAACUAAACUCUGCGGGAUGGUAGCCCUCCAUGAGCAGGGUCAGUAUAUAUUUAACAGACCUGGUGUGUCCAAUCCUACUCCUGUAAGGCAUAGGCAGAGCGUGUGUAAGGCUGGGGAAGGCUCCUGUACUAACAAAUUAUAUAUAUUGCGUUUGUUGCUAACAAAGUGAAAAUUAAUAUAACGUGUUGAUUGUGGCAUUAGAUUAAGAUCUGCUCAUGUUGCACCAGGGUUACCAGGUUUUCGCAACAAAACAUGUCCAACUUCUACUCAAAACUAGCCCAAUCGUGAAAUUCAGGUAAAAAUAUGUUUUAAAUACUAGGUAAAAAUCAAAUUCUGGGGGUAAAAUACAAGUUUUUCAGCGGGGAUGCUCCAGUAAAAUUUGCAUUCCAGGGUCUAAAUAUCACGUUAUUGGGGUCGCUUCAACCUGCGGACAUGAAAAACA